CCAUUUUACUCCGCGAAAUAAACUUCAAUCUCAUAGCUGGAGGAAAAAAAGAAAUACAGCAAGUAGUUCCGCCGACCUUAAUUGACAUCUCGCUGUGAACCAGAGCUCUGACGGAUUCGGGUUUCAAGUCGCCGCAGUUCGGUUUGAAUCCCAUGGCUUAGCGUGACCCUGCACAGCAACUAGCCCAGACAUCUCUAUCUUCCGUCCCUUGCUGUCCUCUGCUACUACUGGUAGCAGCGAGGCAAAACAUAAAGGGACGGUGACCCAUACCCCUGUUGUUUGCCUGGGACCCUCCCCGGCCCCCUCCUGAGGCAGAAUGGAGCCCCAGGCUUGCCAGUGGCAGCUCGGAGCAGAGGGGGAUUGUGGGAUGUCAAGUCUGCUGGUGCCCAGUCCCCAGAGCGAGGCAGUGACCCAUGAGAUGGAGGAGCUUUCGCUACAGCCCACACAGAGUCUGCCUCCACUCAGUGAACGCAAAAACGUCCUGCAGUUGAGGCUUCAGCAAAGGCGAACCCGGGAGCAGUUGGUGGACCAGGGCAUCAUGCCACCUCUCAAGAGCCCAGCAGCGUUCCAUGGGCAGAUUCGCAGCUUGGAGAGAGCCAGGACUGAGAAUUUCCUGAAGCACAAGAUCCGCAGUCGUCCAGAGAGAGCAGAGCUGGUCAGGAUGCACAUCCUUCAAGAGACUGGAGCAGAACCCUCAUUACAGGCCACCCAGAUGAAGCUGAAGAGGGCCCGGCUGGCCGACAACCUGAACGAGAAAAUCGCCCAGAGACCGGGCCCCAUGGAGCUGGUGGAGAAGAACAUCCUGCCGGUUGAUUCCAGCCUUAAACAGGCCAUUAUUGUGGGCCAGGUGAAUUAUCCCAAGGUGUUAGAUGAAGACAGCUGCGAUGCCCUUUCCCCGGAGCAGCCGGCUAGCCAGGAGUCUCAGAGCUCUGCCCCCUCACCAGGGGAGAGCAAGCCACCCGAGACGCCCUCUCCAGCUCCAGCACCCUUGCCACUAUCCAGCACCAUGCUGCAGGCCUUCCCAGUUGCUACACAAGCAACAACAGACUUUGUGAAGGUGAUCUCUACCAAUGAGCUUCCUGCAAGCCGACUAGCUGUCACUCCCGCUCCCUCAAAACCAGGCCCAACACUGGUGAAACAAAGCCAGCAGAAGACACCCUCAGAGAAGAGUCGCAGUAAGAAGGGUAAAGAGCCAAAGCCCAGGGUGAAAAAGCUCAAAUACCACCAGUAUGUUCCUCCAGACCAGAAGCAGGAGGUCAGUGAAGCACCCAUGGACUCCUCUUAUGCCCGACUAUUGCAGCAACAGCAGCUGUUCCUUCAGCUGCAGAUCCUCAGCCAGCAACAGCAGCACUACAACUACCAGACUAUAUUACCAGCACCACUCAAAUCUGUGGCAGAGGGUCAGAGCAGUACUGCCACCAGCCUUCCAACUUCCAUCAUGGUGUCUUUGCCCACUGCCCCUCCACCUCCCCCUCUGCCUCCAGCUCCCGCUCGGCCAAACAACUCGCUGUCUAACCGCAAGCCAGGAGUCUUGCCUGCCAACCUGGAGGAGAUGAAGGUGGCGGAGCUAAAACUGGAGCUAAAGCUGCGCGGCCUUCCUGUGUCAGGCACAAAAACUGAUUUGAUAGAGAGACUGAAGCCUUUCCAGGACAAUCCCAGCACCUCUGCUCCUACCACCGUUUCUCCUCCUGACAGCACCACCUCCAUUCCCAUGGAGGUCACCACCACCACCUCCACCCCUGCAAUAGUCCUCCCAGUCCAGCAGGUGGCGCCGGAGAGCACAAGCUCCACACCACCGAUCUCACCCAUCUCCACUGAUUCCUCCACCCUCCAGCAGCCUGUAGGCAUGUCUGAGGCUCCUUCUGAAGCACAAAUGGUGAGCUCUGGCUUGGCAGGUCCACGGUCCUCACCUCUCUCGCCUUUUCAAGUCCCAGAGGAAAAGGACAGGAGGCUACAUGAGAAGGAGCGGCAGAUAGAAGAACUGAUGAGGAAGCUGGAGAAGGAGCAGAGGUUGGUGGAGGAGCUGAAGAUGCAGCUGGAGGUGGAGAAGAGAGGCCAGGGUGGCUGUGCUGCCGACUCUGGCCCUGUGUCUCCCAAACUCACCUCUGUACCUGCCAUGAAUACUGUUCCUACUGUACUGAAUUCAAAUCUAGUAAAAAUCGAGGGUAGAGUCCUGUCGAACUGUUCAUCCACUACUGCUACCAUCCCAAACUGUGUCCUGGGCUCCCAGGCCCUAAGAAGCCCCCUACCAACUGUGGUGAAGAUGGAGGAUUUGACUGUUUCUGCUGGCAAGCCACUCCAGCUCCAGACCCAAACCCAGCUCAUCACCCAGAUCCAGCCACAAGCCCAGCCCCAAGUAACCACCAGCCCACAGCCAUUCCCCCAGUCACAGAGAAGUUCCAAACUGCAGACCCAGCCCCAGUCCCAACCUGCAGCCCCCAGCCUGCAGCAGUUCUUCAUCAGCCACCCAGGUGGAGUCUCCCAAGUCCUAGGUCAGCCUCAGACCCUGUUAACCACCUCCGGGCAACCUCAGACUCUGCUGACCACGGCUGGCCAGGCUGGAACUCAGAUCCUCCUUCCAGUCUCGCUACCCAACAGCGCUACUGCAAUCCAGCUGCCAAGCACCACUGUCAGCUUGCAGCCUGUUCUCCAGGCCACAGUCUCAAAUCCAGGCCUGGUACAAGCCUCAGUUCCUCAGCUGCAGAGCACUAAAAUGGAGACAGCACCUAGCCAGCAGUUAGCCAGCCGCAGCCCAUUGCUACAGACUUUGACAGUGUGCAAUAAUACUACUGGUUUGGAGAACCAGGCUAGACCUAAUCCCCAGUGCUUUCUCAGAAGCUCCCCAGAGGACAGGGUCUCUCCACAGGCUUCUCCCAACCAACACAUCUCCAACGGGCCCAUAAAUAAGUCAUCUUCUCCCCAGCCUGCCUUUAUCCUCCGGCCCACCUCUCUUAUUACUCAGCCUCCCAAGACAAGAGCACCUCCCCGCUAUGAGGAGGCUGUCAAACAGAGCCGCAACAUGCACAUCAACAAUGUUUCACAGGUUCCCACGGCAAGUAGCCAGCAAAUGGACGACCUAUUCGACAUCCUCAUAGAGAGUGGAGAAAUCACACCAUUUAUCCAGCAUGACCCCCCAGUGUCUCUCAAUAAAACGCUCCCAGUCACAGCCAGUAUCACCACCCUGCCUGUCAGCACUGCACUCUCCAGACCGCCUCCGCAGAUCCAUUUGGCCCCUCCGCCCACACUGAGCCCUGUCAUUGACCCCAGCCUGCCCAGCCUCUCUUCUCUGGCAACAGACAAUCAGCUGGAGGCCUUUCUGGAGGGAACACUGGCUGAAACACCGCCAGUCUUAGACCCGCACACACAGGGCCUGAUGGAGGAGCUGCAGGCCCAGCUGAUGGACCAGCAACCCUACUCACCCAUGGACACAUCAGACCUGUCUUUCUGUGAUUCCUCCUCACCUCCUUCCUCACUCAACAUGGGCCUGUCUGACCCAGCACUGGACAAUAUGGAGUGGCUGGACCUCACCAUGCCCCCGGGUCCUGCUGGGGCGCUCACACCACUGGGGAUCCCAACAGACUUCCUGGAUACACAUGACCUGCACUGGGACUGACGAUGCAUUCGAUAAGGAAGAUGGAGGAGAGUCAGCUGAGCAGCUGAGCCAGGAGUUAGAGAUGGAUGGAUGAAGAGAAAAAGAAAGGGACCGACGGCCGCAAAGAGGUUGAGUUCAAACAUUUUAAAUAGGGAAACAAAAGGAGGAAAACAUGGCCUUUGUGUGCCAUGUCACUCUUUAACAGUACAUCCAAACCAUCUGUAAUAUUCCCACUAUACUACAGUAAGAGAUGGUGUACAGGCAGUGCACUGA